AGCGGUGCCUGGUCGCGUCGACAUGAGCACUUGGGUUCUCUCCAGCUUCGCCUUGAACAUCGUCCUCGCCGGCCCGCGUCGCCCAUGAAAUAAGCUGCCCAAGACCCUCCAUCUCGUCAUUGCCGACCUCCGACCACCGCCCAGCCACCACCAUGCUCGAAUUCCGCACCCAGGGCUACAAUGGCUACAGUGUCAAGUACUCGCCCUUCUUCGACUCGCGCAUCGCCGUCGCCGCGUCCGCAAACUUUGGCCUCGUCGGAAAUGGCAGGCUGUACAUCCUCGGGCUGACGCCCAACGGCAUCGUCGCCGAGAAAUGGUUCGACACGCAAGACUCCCUCUUCGACACGGCCUGGUCCGAGGCGCACGAGAACCAGAUCCUCACGGCGUCGGGCGACGGCAGCAUCAAGCUGUUUGACAUCACCCUCUCCGAAUUCCCCAUCCAAGCCUGGUCCGAACAUGCGCGCGAAGUCUUCUCCGUACACUGGAAUCUCGUAGCCAAAGACACGUUCCUGUCCUCGUCGUGGGACGGCACGAUCAAGAUCUGGAAUCCCAACUCAGCCUCCUCCAUCGCGACGCUGCCCACACACUCGUGCACCUACAGCGCGCAGUUCAGCCCGCAUGCGCCCAGCAUCCUCAGCGCAGUCAGCUCCGACAGCCACCUGCGAAUCUUCGACCUCCGUACCCCCGCCUCAGCCAGCAACCACCUGACGCUCAGCAUCCCGAUCCACAGCCCGCCGAAGUCGCGCGUCGGCACGCCAGCGAUACCGGCCGGAGGCGCACCGCCCAGUGAAGCCCUCACGCACGACUGGAACAAGUACCGCAAUGGCGUUAUCGCGACCGCCGGUGUGGACCGCACCAUCCGCUCCUUUGACAUUCGCGCCCCAGGCGCUGGUCCCAUGGCCGUGCUUCCGGGCCACGAGUACGCCGUGCGCCGCAUCACCUGGAGCCCGCACCUGUCAGACGUGCUGCUAAGCGCGAGCUACGACAUGACGUGCCGCGUAUGGACAGACGGCAGUGCCAUGGGCACCGGCCAGGAGACAGUGGCAAACGACCCUCUGGUGUUUGGCGGUGGCAAGGAAAUGGGCCGCAUGGGGAGGCACACCGAGUUCGUGACGGGCGUGGAUUGGUGUCUUUUCGGUGCUGAGGGCUGGUGUGCAAGCUGCGGGUGGGACGAGCGGUUGUUGGUCUGGGACGUUAGGGCGAUUAUGGGGCCUUAAUGCUGCGGUAGUCAUGAUGUAUUACGCGGCGCUAUGGCCUGUUGUACAGCAGUGUCUAACGAGUAUGAUAGGAAGACUUCUUGGUGUGCCAAGACUUAUACCUUAGAGCCACUAUGAGAUAUGACCGA